AUGGCGGUGUGCUGGAGGCGGCGUGGCUGCAGUGCGCACUUUGGCUCGUGGCCCUCUGCGGCGUCGCCGUGCCUCCUCUUUCUCCUCGUCCUUCUGCUGCUGCUGCUGCUGCUUCCGUUGCCCCCGCACAGCGCAGCCGCCCAAGCCGGGGAUCCUGGCACCCCAGUGAAGGUGCUGCUGAUGAAGCGAAAUGAUUUUACCGUAUUCCGCCCUAUGUCUGCUGCGUUUUACGCCGGCGUGUAUGCCUCGCUGAGGGCGCACAACUCCACGGCUGCGGGCGAUGUUCGCGUUGAGGUUGUCGAAAGGGAGACUGAUUUGGACAAAUACGUCACCGUCCUGGAGGACGCGAUGGAGAAAGACAAGGACAUUCUGGCUAUUCUGGGCCAGUUCGGUGAUACUCCCGUGAUGAAGGUGCUUUCAGUUUUGCCUCGCUAUGACCUCGUCGCUUUUGCUCCGUUCACUAGGUCGGGUGCGGUGCGUGGGUGGAACCGCCACGUGUACUUUGUGCGUGUUAGCCCUGGGGCCGAGAUGCUGACGCUUCUCCGCUACGCCGUGAUUCAGCUGCGGGUGCUUCGGCUGGGCUUAAUGUAUUCGCAGGGUGCCCAUUUUGGCGACAGCGAGUAUGAGCAGGCACAGCGUGUGAUGUCGGCGAUGGGCUACAAGUUCUGCGGCGUCUUCACCGUGAAAAGCCCUUCUGAGUGGCGAGGCCGACCCUAA